UCUCCACAGUCUUUUCCUUUCAGGAAACACAUCCUGUUAAUAUUUGACUGCCGUGGCAGUGGCUCUUUUUUUGCAGUCGACUACGCCCUGAGGCUCACCAAAACGAGCCACGAAAACAGCCAUUUCCUCUUGGUGGGGAGGUGGGGGGGGGCCUUUUCCUCACUGCAGUGGUUGUUCUCGUCCCGGGACUUACAGCUCGGCUCUUCGGAGAGGGACAGGACAGAGCAACCUCCUCGGGAUACCCCAAACUUGCAGAUCACCUUUGGGAUGAUCGCAUUCCCCUCUGGCUCAGCUUGGCUUUGAGAGAAUGACAUCUGUCACCGUUUGCAGGAUAUUCUGAAGUUUGCACCCAAACCCAGGCUUUUGGAGCAGCACCAGUUGUCUUGGAGGACCCGGCGCUCCGCAAGCUACAGUGAGCAUCCCAUCCCAUCUCUGUCCCACCUCAGCUCAGGCUCUCCUGCCCUGAGACUGGAUUCUGUCUGGAUUCACCCCAUCCAACACGGAAUGGACCUCCCUGUCAUCCAGUUCACCACGGGACUGGCAUUACUUAUCAAAGUCCAAGAAGGUGGAUAAGCCAGCGCUGGGAAAGACCUAACAAAGCUUCUUUGUGUUCUUAUUUUAUGGAAUUCUCCUAUCUACCUCACAAAAUUCUCAUUUCCUUGGUCAGAAAUCCCCCUGGAGUUGACUUCAAGAAUGAACGGUGAUGUCCUCUAGCGACCCAUAACACCCUAGCACAGCCGACUGUUCCUAGCCCAGGUUCAAUGUGCUGCAGCUGACUGGGACCUCGUGUCGUCUGCAAUUAGAGACUGGCGGCAAGCUGACAGUCAGAUAUGACUAUCCAGAAACUGGUAGCCACAGCUGUGUUGGUAGCCCUGGUCUCACUCAUCCUUAACAACGCGGCUGCCUUUAGCCCCAACUGGGUGUACCAAACGCUGGAGGAUGGGCGCAAGCGUAGUGUGGGGCUCUGGAGGAUGUGCUGGCUGGCAGAGUGGAGCAGAGGGGGUGCAAGCAUCAGUGCCAGGCACGGGCAAGGGGAGGAGCAAGAAUGUGAAGCCCUGGGCUGGGGUUCAGAGUCGGCUGGGUUCCAGGAGUCACGCAGCACUGUCAAACUGCAGUUCGACAUGAUGCGUGCCUGCAACCUCAUCGCCACGGUGGCUCUGACUGCCGGCCAGCUCCUUUUCGUCCUGGGGCUGAUGGAGCUCCCCAUCAUCUCCCAGGAUACCCAGUGGUGGGAGGAGGCCAUAGCUGCUGUGUUCCAACUUGCCAGUUUUGUUCUGGUUAUUGGACUGGUGACAUUCUACCGUAUUGGACCAUACACCAACCUCUCGUGGUCCUGCUACCUGAACAUCGGAGCCUGCCUUUUGGCCACGCUGGCAGCUGCCAUUCUAAUCUGGAACAUCCUGCACAGGCGUGAGGACUGCAUGGCACCCCGGGUCAUCGUCAUCAGCCGCACCCUCACCGCACGCUUUCGCCGGGGCUUGGAAAACGACUAUGUUGAGUCACCUUGCUGAAAGAGCGCACUUGAAAGGGGAAAGAUCUCCAAGGAGAUCUGCAUUGGCAUUAUAUUCUAUAAACAUGUGCUAUAAUUUAAGGGUUGAAAGACAUUACAACAUUCACUUGUGUGAGCAGAGGCCCUUGAUUAUUAUUCGGCUGGGCUCCAUCUAUAUACAUAUGUAUAAAACACAUAAUUUUAUAUAUAUAUAUAAAUAUUAUAUUGCCCUCUCCUUCUGCUGUACAGCACAGAAUUGCUGGGUUCAUGGCAGCAGGGUCAGCUGGAGAAAAUACCAAGUGUGUGCAAUGAGAAUACAGGAAAGAGGGAACCAAACACAUUUUCUCUGUCUACAUCAAGUUCUCCUGCUCCCUAAAAAUAAACCAAAAAGCUAUAGGAGACCAGUGACAAUAGCUUGGGAGUUAACAGGCACUCUGAGAAAGCAGAAAACUCACUAUAGAUUAAGUGAUGGGUUUAAAAGCUGUCUAAAUUUCAUGACUUCUAUUCACCUUCUAUUCACCUCUCUACAAGGAAUGCAUUCUCAUUAGCUGCAACACCUGCUCCCAGCCCCAGAACAGAACGUAAAAAGCAAAAGCAACCCUAACUAUUCUUAUGUAAAGAGAGGGAUUGCAGAAGAAUUAAGUUCAUUUUUUUCCAGACAUUUCUUUUGUAUCCUGAGACACAGGUUUGCUAAUGUCCUAUGUGUAAACAGACAUGAAAAAUUAGAAGGGUAUGUAGCUAGAACAGGACACACAUGCUGCUGAAAAAAUGUAUCAAUGUUACAUUGAGGGCAAAUGUCCACAGGAGGCUACCAGAACUCCCUAAUAAUCAGAUAUAUAAUUAAAUUACAUUGUUGGGAACUAUUACAAGAAAGAAAUAUUCCCGACCAAAUUGGUUUCUUUUCUCUCCAGCUAGUUAUAACAUUUGCUGUGACAUUAGAAUGCUAUGGCAGCUCUGCUCAGAGCCACAUAACACAGGGAAUAUUGGAGAAUAGAGCUGCCACUCAAGUACCCAAACUGGAGAAUAGGACAAAUAUACAGGACUUCGGGAUUUUCAGAUUUAAAAACAACCUGCCUAAUAACUUAAAAUGAUAAUGAAGUGAAAAAUUAAUGCCUUUAGAAUUAGGUACAAUGUUUAUAAGCCUUACCGUGAGAAGAACAUGGCUUUACAAAAGUAAUGUGCAUAUAAUUUUCAGAAAGAAAAAUAACACAUCAAAAACUAUUAAGCAGGGAUACAGGAACCUGAGGCAAUGAUAGGUGUGUAAGUGCUCUCAGAAUGCUGCUCUGAGCACAAUUAGUGAUAGGUUUGAGCUGUGAAUGUUACAAAUACCUAAGGACUUCUGUGUUGCUCCCAGCUGAGUACACUGCCUUGCUUCUUUAUCACCACUUCCACACUUUGUUAAAAUGUGAUGAUCAAGCUGGCUCUUGAGUUCUGCACUCAGCUUUGGAUGUGAUAAGAAACUCAACCCUGACUGCUGCUUUGCACCACAUUCCAAAUGAGCAACAGAGACUGAUGCUAAAGAAUAACUGCACUGCUCUAGACUGUCAGGGGAAAUACCACAAAGCUGACAAAGAGUUUCUUCUAGCAGUAGGUUUGUAAAAACCAACUAAGAUUAGCACUCAUCUGUCUGCAUUAAUUUUCUGGAAAAAAAUAAUUCUAGAAAUAAUAUGCUAUGAUUAAAUGCAGCAGUUUUAAAAAUAAAAUAUGAGAGUAUUUAAGAGACAUUUUAUUAUUUCCUCUAAUAUUGCAAUAUCCGUAUUAUAAUAAUGUACAUGUGAAUUUAAAAAUCAGCUAUGUGGUUGGUAAAUCUGUAACACUCGGUAUUCCUGUGAUUAUUUUUGAUGUAUAAAUAAAAUUAUGAGUGUU